ACGGAUAUCACCAUUACGCAAUUAACAUUUCCGCUUAUUACGUUUGACUGGAUCAAAAAUUGCAGAAAUAAAAAAUCGCGAUGAAUAAUUUUUAUUUGAAACCAUUACCAAUGGGUGGUGCAAGAUGUAACACAAAUUUCAGUUAUAUUAUCGCGCUGGACUUCGAGGCUACCUGUUGGCCGGGAUCGCCAAGACAAUUUAAAAGCUCUCAAGAAAUCAUCGAGUUUCCGGCAGUUUUAGUUAAUCUUAAAAGCGGUAAAAUCGAGUCGGAAUUCCAUUAUUACAUUAAACCGACGGAAAUACCUCAGCUUAGCGAGUUUUGUCUAAAACUUACCGGAAUUCGUCAGCAAGUUGUGGACGCUGGCAUUUCUCUGAAUACAUGUUUAACUCUCUUCGACCAAUGGCUGAAACGAAUACUUUCAGAGAAGAAUCUUGUUUUGCCAAAAACAGAUCCAUCCAAUCCUAAAGGGAGCGUAGCUUUCGCCACGUGGACUGACUGGGAUUUGAGUACUUAUCUCAAAGACGAAUGCAGCAGAAAAGGAAUACAAAGGCAAAAUUAUUUCAACCGAUGGAUCGACAUAAGAAGAAUUUACGGGGAGUGUUAUAAUCGUCGUUCUGGCAACUUCAUACAAUCGUUAAACCAACUAGGAAUUGCGUUCCAAGGUAAACAACACAGUGGAAUUGACGAUGCAAGAAACCUAUCUGAAAUGAUUGCACGAAUGGCCAGAGAUGGAGCCAAAUUUUACAUUACCAAGGAUUUGAAUCCGUUAUAUUAAUGUCUUCCAUUUAGGCAACAUCAGUAAAAGCGGCACGUUGGGAAUGAACUUUUAUCAUAAGAUAUUCGGGUAGUAGCCCUCGAACAAGGAAUUUAUUUGAGAUGUUAUCUAACAUGAUUUGUAAAAAAUGAUUGAUCAUUGAAAUAAUAACAAAAAAAUAAUUUCAUCAAAAUGAAAA